UCUGGCAACAUUCGUUUUUUCAAUCAGAUGUUAUUGUUAUUCUUUAUUUAUUUAUUUUAAGCUUCUGACAAAAUUUUAUAGAUUGGAGAAUGUUCGGCCUCAGGACUGUAUUCCGGACUUUCAACGGACAAUUUGCAUCAGUUUCUGUUCGUAAAUGUCGGCGUAACUUCUCGGAAGAGGCUUCCCAUACGAAUAGGCCCUUUAAAUGGCGGAAGCCCACUGGCGUGCACACGGGCAUCAACAUUUACAACCAUGGAAUGCGCCAGAAGGUGCCACUGAUCCUACGGAAUCCCCAAAUGGUCACUUGGUACACCUGCGGACCCACUGUCUACGACUCUGCCCAUUUGGGUCAUGCCAGCACAUACGUCAAGGUGGACAUCCUGCAGCGCAUUCUCCGCGACUACUUUAAACUCAACCUAGUGACGGCAAUGAACAUCACGGAUGUGGACGACAAGAUCAUCAAGAGGGCCCAGUUAUCCGGCCUUGACUGGCAGAAGAUGGCGCGGGCCUAUGAGGCAGAGUUCCGCCAGGACAUGCUGCGCCUAAACGUCCAGCCUCCGGAUGUGCGCAGUCAUGUGACCACCACCAUGCCAAUCAUUGUCCAGUUCAUCCAGCAGCUGAUUGCCGAGAAGCAGGCUUAUGUGACGCCAGACAAAUCUGUGUACUUCGAUGUGUCUAAGAGUCAGAACUAUGGAAAACUGCAGAACCUUGGUCUCAGCGAGGAGAAGUCGGACUCUGUGAAAAGGAACACGGCGGACUUUGCGCUGUGGAAGGCGCGCAGGAGUGGCAGCGAGCCCACCUGGUCGGCUCCUUGGGGCGGCGAAGGACGUCCCGGCUGGCACAUCGAGUGCAGUGCGAUCGCGGGCCUGUUCUUUGGCCGCCAGUUGGACUUCCAUGCCGGCGGCUUGGAUUUGCGUUUCCCGCACCACGAAAACGAGGAGGCCCAGUGCUGUGCCCGCUACAAAACAGACCAGUGGGUAAACUACUGGUUGCACACCGGACAGCUUCACAUGGUUGGUGACCCGCAGAAGAUGUCAAAGUCCUUGGGAAACACCAUCUCCGUGACGGAUCUUCUCAAGAAGUACUCCGCCGACGAAUUUCGGAUGGCCUGCCUUCUGUCCAACUACCGCAAUGCCAUGCCUUAUAGCGAUCAGUUAAUGCUGACCGCUCGGCAGACCCUGCAGCGCUUCAAGAACUUCCAUGCGGAUCUGAGUGCCUACACACAGUUCCUCAAGCCGGUCCACUUGAUGGACGAAGGCGCACUAAAGUCUCAACUGGCCCACACCAUAACCGAGUUCGAUAAUUGCCUGCGAGAUGACUUUGAUACCGCACGUGCUAUUGGCGUACUGAUGGAUCAGAUGAGCAGCAUAAGUCGGUGCAUCAACGAGCAGCAGGUGGACGCCCAGGAGGAGCCGGCCUAUUGCAUGGAUCUCCUUCUGGCAGCUGGAAAUUUUAUUAACCGGGCCAUUGUCACGUUUGGGAUGUCGGAGUUGCUCGAAAGAGAAUCGAUGCAGGAGAACGUAUCCUCCUCGGAGCACGGCAUCGAUCCAUCUUUGUUAGUGGACGAUGUGAUAGACGUUCGAAGGAGGAUGCGGGAGAACGCCACCUCUGGGGAUGUUAAAAACACCCAGCUUUUGGCCGCCUGUGAUGAGCUAAGAACUUUGCUUCAACAGCACGGCAUACAGGUGCGCGACCACAAGCAGGGAAGCUCCUGGGUAUUCGCCGUGUCCUGUCAAAAGCCCGAUGACAAGAGCAAGAGCUCUGCCGAAUAAAAGCCAUUCUGUUA